AUGUCUGAUGUAGCCAUAACUAAUCAACUUCCAUCACGUACGUCUUCCAGUACGCGUUGGCCAAGAAAAUGGUCAACAUUAGGUGGACGUAGUACGUCAACCUCGACAACGGUUAUCCCAACUAAUGAUACUGAUGCGGCAAAUGAGACCCCGUCGAAAACCAAUGGUCAUCAUCGUCAUUCAACAUCUUUGCUUAGAAAAGCAUCGACCAUAAGUCGAUCGAAUGGCACUCCGGCAGCAGCGGAUGAAAUAUCUUCUCCCUCUUUGAAAAAAUCUCGUUCGUUAAUGAAUGUCUUACGUUCGAAGUUGAAUUCUCCAGCUGUAAUUCGUCGUUUUCGUUCGAAAUCACGCGAAAAUCACAAACAAACAGUGAUCGAAGUUAACGGCCAUUCGACAAAUGAACGAUCACCAUCACCACCAGCACAGCAAGUCAAGCAAACGAAUGAUGAAGAAGUAAUAACAACAAGAAAAUCAAGAAAACGUGAUCCAUCGCCGAUGAGACGCCUUGCCAAUCGCAUUUCACAAUUAACGCGGCAUCAAAGUACAACAGCAUACGAACGACAAAAAAAAUCUCCGACAAAAUCAGCGACUAAUGAUGCCAUAUCCAAAACACCAUCACCUACUCAUAAUAAAGACAAAGUUGAUCAUAUCAAUGCAUGUUACGAUGAAAUUCGAGCGAAAUACUUCAAUAAAAACAACUCAACUCAACGAAAUUCAACUGAAACUGAUCAUCAGAAUCGUUCAUUACUUAGUAAUGAUACUUCCACAGAUUCACCACGUGUACCUUCGCCAAUCUUACCAGACGAUCCGUUAUUACAAGCACGCAAACAAGCAAAUUUAAAACUGAAUUGUUUGUUAAGCGGAUAUACUUUAACUACACCGUUUUCGGCUCAUGAAAAAUCAUUUGGUCGAAACGAUUUAUUCAAGUUUAAUCAUUAUUAUGAUGUUGGAAAACGAAAAUAUGAUUGGAAUUCUACUAAUGCAAAUAAUCAGCUCUUUUCGAGUUUGAGAGCAAGACCAAUUAGCAAGAGCAUUGAUAGUUUUAGACCUCUGAAUGCGAAAGAAGAUGAAGUACCAAUCACAUUGGAAAAAAUGAAUUUCGUUGACAAUGAUCGAUUAGUUCGGACAGAAAAUCAUCAAGAAGACGUUACAAAGGUAUUAACUGAUAACAAUACAGUUAUCGACCAGCAAGAUCAUGUUCUCAAUAAAUCAGAAACAAAUUCAUCAAAUAGUUAUGUGACACAAGCUGUUCCUGUAGAUAAUAACACAUGUGUUACAUCGAUAACAACAAAUUCAAUUGACUUGAACGAAAAUAAUACAACUGUAACCGAUCGGGAUGAAGAAUUUGAACAGAAUUUUCUUCGCGCAGUUGAUCGAGCAUUGGGAGUUGUCAAUAAAGAGGAGAAACAUGUUACACAACCUGUGAUUGAUAAAUCCAUAGUUGAAAAUCAAUCAGCACUUGAUCUUGUGGAAAUGACUGAACGAGCACUUUCAUCCAUCAAUAAUUUACCGGAUAUUUUGAGCAACGGUUCGAAUACGAAAGAACAAGAAUCUAAUGCUAACAAUGCAGCACCAAUUAGCUCGGAAGUCAUCGAUAGUCAAGAAGAAUUUCUAAAUAAUGAACAACCAUUAAAAUCUUCGGAAGUGACGAUGGAAGAACUCACCAGUAUCAAACAAUCACCAGUUAUUACUGAAGAUAAACAUGAAGAGUCUGUCAAUGUUGAACCGACACUAAUUGUUACUGAGGAAAAACAUGAAGAACCAGUUAUUACUGAACAACCACCGACUAAUAUGGACGAAAACCGUGCUGAACCAAAUAUUAAUGAACAAUCGUCGAUUAUUGUGGAGGACGAGAAACACGAUGAUACUAUUUUUGUUGAGCAACCAGCGAUUGUUCCAGAAGAAAAGCACGAUGAACUGCCUAAAGCUGAAGAGACACCAGUUUUCACUGAAGACAAACAUGCUGAACCAGAUAUUAAUGACCAAUCGUCGAUCGUUGUGGUGGAGGAGAAACACGAUGAUGCUGUCCCUAUUGAACAAUCAUCACUUGUUCCAGAAGAAAAGCACGAUGAGCUACCUAAAGCUGAAGAGACACCAGUUUUCGCUGAAGAAAAAUAUGAUGAACCAAGUAUUACUGAACAACCGUCGGCUGUUGAGGAAGACAAGCACGAUAAUACCAUCCCUAUUGAACCAACGCCAACGGUUCUCGAGGAAAAACACGAUGAACCAAGUACUAAUGAACAAUCGCCGGUUAUUGUAGAAGAAAAGCAUGAAGAACCGACUAUUGCUGAACAACCAUCGGCCAAUAUCGAUGAAAAGCAUGAAGAACUAACCAAAACGGAUGAAAUAUCGAUUUCUGCUGAAGAAAAACACGGUGAUGCCAACGAUAUUGAACAGUCGCCAAUUAUUAUUGAAGAUAAACAUGAGGAACCGAUUACAGCUGAUCAAAGGUCGAUUUCUGCUGGAGAAAAACAUGAUGAACUGAUUACUGAUGAACAAUCGUCGACUAUUGUCGAAGAAAAGCACAAUAAUUAUAGCAACGUUGAGCAAUCGCCAGUCAUCAUUGAAGAAAAACAUGACGAACCAAUUACAGCUGAUCAACUAUCGAUUUCUACUGAAGAAAAUCACAACGAACCGACUAAUGUUGAACAACCUGCAAUCAUUGAAGAAGAAAAGCACGAAGAAUUCAUCAAUACUGACUCAUCACUGAUCGUCAACGAGGAAAAGCAUGAUAGUGAACAAUCUUCUGCUGUCACUGAAGAAAAACACAUUGAUCCUCUCCCUGUUGAACAACCAACAAUUGCUAUUGAAAAGGAUCAUGUCGAACCGAUAAAUAGCGAUGCUAAUAAUGAAGAGAUCUCUUCACUGAUUGAAGAUUUAGUACAGAAAACCGAACAUUUAUUAGUCGAAGAAUGCAAGGUAAGCUCAAUAGCUGACUAA